AUGUCCGCCAACGAUUAUUACGGCAGUGGUAACAGUGGCUACGGUCAGCAGGGUGGUUAUCCUCAACAGCAGAACUAUGGCCAACCUCAAGGCUAUCCUCAACAGGGCGGCUAUCCCCAGCAGCAGCAGUACUCCCAGCAGCACUCCCAGCAGCACUCCCAGCAGCAACAACCCCAGGGUUACGGCUACAGCCAACAACAGCCUCAAUACGCCUCCCACUCGCCUCAGCCUAGCUACGGCUCCCACGCUCCUCCCCAGCAGCAGUACGGCCAACAACCCACCUACGGCCAGCACGGUUCAUCGUCCUAUGCUCAACAACAGCACAACAACCCUCAAUACGGUGCCCCUGCCUAUCCCCAGGGCGGAGCUCCAGGACAAUACCCUCCCGGCCAACCCGGUCCUGACGGUGAUCGUGGCCUCGGAGCCACUCUCGUCGGUGGAGGUGCCGCUGCUUGGGCUGCGCACACCGCUGGAGGUGGUCUUCUAGGCAGUCUCGGGGCCGCUGCGGCCGGCGCCAUUGGUGCAAAUGUGCUCGAGAACAAGUUCAAGAAGGGCAAGAAGGACAAGAAACACAAGAAGGAUAAGAAGCACAAGACCCGCGGCAUGGACAGUAGCUCCAGCAGCGAUUCUGACUAA